AUGAGAUUUUAUAAUUCCUCUAAAAAUCUUCAUCAUCAUCCCCCAACACUAUUACUGAUCUUGUUCGCAUUGUUCUUAACUUCAACCAUCCCAUUUGCUUCAUCCGAAAUCAAAGACACAUAUGUUUUUGAUGAUUCUCGUCCCAUUAUCAUGUUUGAGCAAUUUGGUUUCACAGAAGGUGGUCAGGUAGACAUUUCCAUAAAAGACGUCUCUUGGAAAUCAAGAAGUCGAAAGGCAGAACUUAACCCUUCUUCCAUGGGAUUUUUCCUGGCUAGAGACUCUUCCUUCUCAACAAUAUUCAUGAAUGACUCACUGCAAAAUAAAGAUGAAAGCUUUUGUGUUCUGUAUAGCCGGUAUGUAAAGCUCUUGUUCAAUUUCAAUGACCUUAGCAUGAAUGCAUCAGCUUAUAAUGGCUCUGCAUCUAUUGAUGAGGCUGAUGAAUAUAGCUUGGUGUUUGGGAAUUGCCAGCCAGAACUUGAAGUGUCAAUGCAUAUACAUACCGAGAUGUGUAACUUACAAGAUGGUGCAAAAAAUUUCCUUCCUAUAGGACAAACCUUUCUGCCAAUUUUUCUCUCCAUGUUUCUCAUUUAUACUUGCUUUUUUGGGAUAUGGAGUUUUGUUUGCUUCAAACAAAGACCAACAGUUGACACGAUCCACCUAAUAAUGGGGGCGUUGCUUUUUGUCAAGGCACUUAAAAUGAUAUGUGCGUCUGAGGACAAAAUGUAUGUGAGCAAAACUGGUACUCCUCAUGGCUGGGAUGUAGCGUUCUAUAUUUUUGGAUUCUUCAAGGGCAUAAUGUUAUUCACUGUGAUCAUCCUUAUAGGCACUGGUUGGUCAUUCUUGAAACCAUACCUUCAAGAACGCGAAAAGAAUGUUUUGAUGAUAGUAAUUCCCUUGCAAGUUCUUGAAAACAUAGCUUAUGUUGUUAUCAGUGAAACUGGGCCAGCAACUAAGGAUUGGUGGACCUGGAACCAAAUCUUCUUGUUGAUCGAUGUCAUAUGCUGUUGCGCUGUGUUUUUCCCGAUCGUUUGGUCGAUUCGAAAUCUGAAAGAGGCAUCAAAAUCGGAUGGAAAGGCUGCUCGGAACCUCCAAAAGUUAACCCUUUUCAAGAAUUUCUACAUUUGUCUGGUGAUGUAUUUGUAUUUCACUAGAGUUGUCGUUUCUUCUAUGGAGGGUAUUUUGGAUUAUAGAUAUGAAGGGUUUACGUAUGUUCUUUCUGAAGGUGCAAGCCUGGCUUUCUAUGUGUUCAUAUUCUACAAUUUUCAGCCCACGGAAAGGAACCCAUACUUGGUGAUUGAUGAAGAGGAAGAGCUUGCUGCAGAACAAAUAUUGCAAGAUGAUGACUCCUUUGAACUAUAAGGUAUUGUUUGGUUACAUGGAAGAGAUGAAGACAAUAGAAUCAAAGAAGAGAGAACAUAUUUCCAUGUUCGUUUUAA